AUGUCGAGGCGCAAGCAGGCGAAGCCCCAGCACAUCAACUCGGAGGAGGACCAGGGCGAGCAGCCGCUGCAGCAGCCGAGCCCUGACCUCGCAGAAGCGCCGGCGGCGGAGGAACCGGGUGAGUGCGGCGCUCCAAUGAGCUCCCCAGGGAAUGGCAAUGAAGUGGCAGAGGACACAGCCCUGGUGAAGCGGCCACGGCGGGAGGAGACCCACGUCUGUGAGAAGUGCUGUGCUGAGUUCUUCAGUCUCUCUGAGUACAUGGAACACAAGAGAGCUUGCACUAAGAAUCCUCCUGUCCUCAUCAUGAAUGAUGGCGAGGGGCCAGUGCCUGCAGAGGACUUCCCCAGAGCCGUCCUGAGCCACCAGCCGGACAGCCCAAGCCAUAAGGACAGUCACCAGGACAACGGUGGCAGCUCAGGGGACCUGAAGGAGAAGCUGGGCACGGAUUCCCUCCUGUACUUAAAGACAGAGGCCGCCCUGCCCCCGACGCCCCAGGACAUAAGCUAUAUACCCAAAGGCAAAGUGGCCAACACCAAUGUGACGCUGCAGGCGCUCCGUGGCACCAAGGUGGCGGUGAACCAGCGGAGCGCCGACGCCCCCUCGGCUCCCGUGUCGGCCGCCCACAGCAUCCCCUGGGUCCUGGAGCAGAUCCUGUGCCUGCAGCAGCAGCAGCUCCAGCAGAUCCAGCUCACGGAACAGAUCCGCAUCCAGGUGAACAUGUGGGCCGCCCACGCCCUGCACUCUGGAGUGGCGGGUGCAGACACCCUGAAGGCCUUGAGCAACCACGUGUCGCAGCAGGUGUCCGUGUCCCAGCAGGUAUCCGCAGCCGUGGCCCUGCUCAGCCAGAAAGCCUCAAGCCCGGCUCUGUCUCUAGAUGCCUUGAAACAAGCCAAGCUACCUCAUGCCAGUGUCCCCUCCACAGCAAGCUCGUUGUCCGCAGGGUUCACCCCCUUCACCCUGAAGCCUGAUGGGACUCGGGUUCUCCCCAACUUCAUGUCUCGCCUCCCGGGUGCCCUGCUACCUCAGACCCCGGGCUCUGUGCUCCUCCAGAAUCCCUUCUCCGCGGUGCCGCUUGACCCGUCCAAGAAAGGAAAGGGGAAGCCCCCAAACAUCUCCGCCUCGGCGCUGGAUGUCAAGGUCAAGGAUGAGGCUACCCUCGGCAGGCACAAGUGUAAGUACUGUAGCAAGGUUUUCGGGACCGAUAGCUCCCUGCAGAUCCACCUCCGCUCCCACACCGGAGAGAGGCCUUACGUGUGCUCCGUCUGUGGUCACCGCUUCACCACCAAGGGCAACCUCAAGGUACACUUCCAUCGACACCCUCAGGUGAAGGCCAACCCUCAGCUGUUUGCCGAAUUCCAGGACAAAGUGGCAGCAGGCACCGCUCCCCCCUACGCACACUCUGUCUCCGUCCCUGUAGAUGAAUCGAGUCUCUCUGUAGACAGCGAGCCUGUCCCUGUCGUGGGAACCCCUUCCCUAGGGCUACCUCAAAAGCUUGCCUCAGGGCCUAACUCCAAGGACCUCGUCGCUGGCUCCCUGCCCAACGAAAUGCAGCCAGGGCCCUCUCCGGAAAGUGAGGUGGGACUCCCGCAACUCGGGGUGGGGCUGAUGCAUAAUCCCCCGAGGGUUGGGGCCUUCCAGGGGAGCGGGAACCCGGAGUCGGGGUCGGAGACCCUGAAAUUGCAGCAGCUGGUGGAGAACAUUGACAAGGCCACUACUGACCCCAACGAGUGCCUCAUCUGUCAUCGCGUCCUCAGCUGUCAGAGCUCCCUCAAGAUGCAUUACCGAACCCACACCGGGGAGAGACCAUUCCAGUGCAAUAUCUGUGGCCGGGCGUUCUCCACCAAAGGCAACCUGAAGACACACCUCGGAGUUCACCGAGCCAACACAGCCAUAAAGACACAACACUCGUGCCCCAUCUGCCAGAAGAAGUUCACCAACGCUGUCAUGUUACAGCAGCAUAUCCGAAUGCACAUGGGCGGCCAGAUCCCCAACACGCCCCUGCCGGAGAGUCCCUGUGACUUUACAGGUCCGGAGCCCGCGGCCAUGAGCGAGAAUGGCGGUGCCAGUGCCGCCACCGCCGCCACCUCUCAGGAAGAUGUGAUGGAAGGGAUCGAAGCAGAGGAGGUCUGUUCCCAGGAUGUCCCCAGUGGUAUCUCCAAGGUCUCCUCCACAACAGUCCCCAGCACCCACCUGGCGUCGCCCCCUCUGGGUUUUUCUGUGAUGGCUCCCGUGGAUGCUCCGGGGAAAGGGCCUCUUCCUUUGGGCCUGCAGCGGCAGAGCAGCCGAGAAAACGGUUCCGUGGAGAGUGACAACUGCCUGACCCAUGACUCGUCCUCGCUCAUGGCGGACCAGCUCGUGGGUGACCAGGACUGUCAGAGCCGAAGCCCCGAUACCACACAAUCUGUGUGCUACCAGCCCGUGUCCCCUGCCAGUAGCCAAGCGGGAAGUGUCAAGUCUCCUGAGGGUCACAAGGCUGAGGGCGUCGAAAGCUGCCGCAUCGACACUGAAGGUCGCCCCGGCAUCCCAUCAACGUUCAUCCGAGCCCAGCCCACCUAUGUCAAAGUUGAAGUUCCUGGCACCUUUGUGGGACCCUCGGGCAUGACGCCUCUGCUGGCGUCGCAGCCACGCCGACAGGCCAAGCAGCACUGCUGCACAAGGUGUGGAAAGAACUUCUCGUCUGCCAGCGCCCUUCAGAUCCAUGAGCGGACGCACACGGGAGAGAAGCCCUUCGUGUGCAAUGUCUGCGGGCGUGCCUUCACCACCAAAGGCAACCUGAAGGUCCACUACAUGACCCACGGGGCCAACAACUCCGCCCGUCGGGGCAGGAAGCUGGCCAUAGAGAACACCAUGGCCGUGCUGGCAUCCGAGGGGAAGAGAGUCUCCGAGAUGUUUCCCAAGGACCUUCUGCCCCCCUCGGUGAGUGUGGACCCUGCCACGUGGAACCAGUACACCAGCGUCCUCAAUGGGGGUCUGGCCAUGAAGACCAACGAGAUCUCUGUGAUCCAGAGUGGGGGCAUCCCCGCCCUGCCCGUGUCCCUGGGGGCCAGCUCAGUGGUGAGCAGCGCCACGCUCUCCAAGCUGGACGGCUCCCAGACCAGCGGGAGCGGGAGCGUGGAGAAGCCGGCAGUUCCCGACAGCGUGGCCAAGCACCAGUUCCCUCACUUCCUGGAGGAAAACAAGAUCGCGGUCAGCUAAGGCGGAAGAGGAGGCCAGUGGGAGUGAGAUGCUAGAGUCUGCAUUACUGUUUAGUUUGCCUAACCUGUCUCCUCCUCUCCCCCCACAACCCCUCCUUUUUUUCCUCUUC